AUGCGUAUAGAAGAGGUAAAUAGUACGACGAAAUCCCAAAGAAUCGCUGCUCACAGUCACAUACGGGGACUGGGAUUGGAUGAAAAUGGUGAACCUCUUCAGAAUGCUGCCGGUCUGGUUGGGCAGAUGGCUGCUCGUGAAGCUGCUGGGAUAAUAGUUGAAAUGAUUCGGUCCAAGAAGAUGGCAGGUCGGGCUGUUUUAAUGGCAGGUCCUCCCGCCACUGGGAAGACGGCAAUUGCUCUAGCAAUCUCACAAGAACUGGGUAACCGAGUUCCCUUUUGUCCCAUGGUCGGUAGCGAGGUGUUUUCAUCCGAAAUAAAGAAGACAGAAGUUCUUAUGGAGAACUUUCGUCGGGCCAUCGGCUUGCGCAUAAAGGAAGUUAAGGAAGUGUAUGAAGGCGAAGUCACAGAACUGACACCGGUUGAAACGGAAAACCCGACGGGAGGUUAUGGCAAAACGAUAAGUCAUGUCAUUAUAAGCCUUAGGACUGUUAAAGGCGUCAAACAGUUGAAGUUGGAUCCGUCAAUUUAUGAAAGCCUUCAAAAGGAACAUGUUGAAGUUGGAGAUGUUAUUUAUAUUGAGGCAAAUUCCGGCGCGGUUAAACGCCAGGGUCGUUGUGAUGUAUAUACGGCUGAGUAUGACUUGGAGGCGGAUGAAUAUGUCCCACUUCCCAAGGGUGAGGUGCAUAAGAAAAAAGAAGUCGUUCAGGACGUUACUCUCCACGACUUGGACAUAGCGAACGCUCGACCACAAGGGGGUCAUGAUAUAGUUUCGAUGAUGGGACAGUUGAUGAAACCAAAAAAGACUGAAAUUACAGAUAAAUUACGCAAAGAAAUCAACAAAGUUGUGAAUAAAUAUAUCGAUCAGGGAAUGGCUGAGCUUGUACCUGGUGUCCUUUUCAUUGACGAAAUUCACAUGUUUGAUAUCGAGUGCUUUACCUAUCUUCAUCGCGCUUUGGAGUCAACUAUUGCGCCCAUCGUCAUUUUUGCGACUAAUCGUGGCAAGUGCCCUAUCAGAGGUGCAGAAGAUAUUAUUUCUCCACACGGUCUACCUCUUGAUCUUCUUGAUCGUGUAAUGAUUAUCCGCACAAUGCCGUACACAUUCACCGAGACCUUGGCCAUCCUCCGAAUUCGAGCAGAGACCGAACGUCUCAAAGUUUCCGAAGAAGCUUUCCAGCGUCUUGCCACCAUUGCAACUGAGUCCACUCUUAGGUUCGGCAUACAGCUACUGACGCCAGCAUCUCGGCUAGCUCAGCUGACGGAAAGUGAAGAGAUUACACCGGAACACAUUAUUGAAGUGAGCAGUCUCUUUUUGAAUGCUAAACAAUCGGCUAAAGUGCUUGCCGAGCACGACAGUCAGUUCCUCAAGUGA